GUCAAGAGGUCCCAAACGAUCAUCUGGAACCCCACCAUUCCGGCACGCCGGGCGAGCUAAAUCAGCACACCUGGAGGUUCACGCAUGAAUAAGAACGCAAGUGAUUGGCUGCCUUGUGUUCAUGAGUAAUCGCCGAAAAUGAUUGUUGGCGAAUGCGGAAGCAAAAUAAGAGCAUGUAGAUUGCCUCAGAAUGUAAACAAAUUGGUACAAGGCAGGUACCACCGUUUUUUGCAAUUAAACUUACCACCACCACAUAAUUGACGGCACGUUUCACGUAUUCGUAAAAACGUUAAUGUUUGUUUGACAGUCGGUGAUUCGUAUUUCCAUUUUGUCGGCACAAACAACUUAAAGAGAAGAAACGUUAGUUACCUACAGUAAAAUGAGGAGCAACUCAUCCACCUCAAUGGCUCAGACUCUCAGCUUCGGGUCUGUCCGUCAAAGCCCCCGGCUGAGUUAAAAUGUUGCGCUGACACAUGGACUGUUGGACUCAGCUGUCCAGCUGCUAAUGGUUCGGGGGGAUUUCCAAGCUGCUUUCGACACAUGUGAGAGAGGUCUGGAGAGCAUUUUAAACGCGGAGCAAAAGGACAGCAGUGACCUGCUCAAAGGGUUCCAGGACUCUGCACACCUCCUCCACCACCUCCCAUACUUCUUGGGUCAGAGCAUCAAUAGGUGCAUUGACAAUGACCAGGGUAGAGAUGAUGGCAUCCUUUGACUUAAGAAACUGCUUCAUCAUAUAAAAUGUUGAAUUCCCCCUUGUAGUGCAGUCUUGUUUAGGCCUCAGUUCAGGCAUCCCCAUCUGGCAUUGUGUAGACUUCAGCACCUACUGCGCUCCUGUGGAAGUAUUCCACAGCCGUUUUCACUUUUUCACUUUGUCCACAGUGGGCUUCGUCACCUUCAGAGCAUCUCUUACAAUGUGUGGGCAUGACGUGGAUGAUGGGACCAUUUGCUAAUUUUCAUGGCUUUGGUUAUGUUAGCUGCAUUGUCGGUAACACAACAGACCACUUUCCAUCUACUUGCCAUUCUCUGGCUCUCAACAGUUCCUCUUCCAAGUUCUCUGAGGUGUGUCUGUCUCAAAGCAGUCCAGAAGACAGCUAGAAUCGAAAAAUCUUCAAUGAAGUGACAUGUAACCGACCUGUAAGAAGUGGUUAUCCCUGAUGUCCAGCAGUCAGUGGUAAGGCAAACUGCAGUAGCUUUUUGGACUCUUUCCCGCACUGAAGCCUGUGUGCUCUCAUACGGUUGUGGAAUAAGUGAUUUUGAAAGGGUUUUCCUGCUUGGAAUUGUGUACAUUGGAUUUAGACUAUUGCUAUAAUUUCUAAAACCUAUGUCCUCCACGAUCGAAAAUGGCUGGAAAUUGGUGGCAAUUAUUUUAGCCAAUACAAUAUCAAUUUGGCCUUGUUUUGCUACAGACAUAGACUUUGGCAUAAACUGGUCCAUAGAAGACUGCGUUGCUGUGGGUUGCGGAGUAGGCCUACUUGACUGAGUGGAUACAUCUCCACGUGUGGAGGUGCUAGCUCCACCACUAUCACUAGCAGGCCCGCUAGUUUCUCGAAGCUCCCCUACAGCUAGCUUCACAUUUGGGUGCACAGUUCGCAUAUGCCGGAGUAGGUUGUGCGUAGAACUGCCUUUAUAUGAGAUUUUGUUUUGGCAAAUUCUACACUGUGCUCUAACAUUGUCUACAUUAUUAAAAUGCAUCUAAAUGCUACCCUGCCUCCGAAUCAUUUUCCAGCUUCCUCUCUCUCCUCGGUUGCUAAGUGUGUGACUGAGUGAGUUGGCUCGGCCCUCCCUCAUGCAUCUUUGGUUCACUGGUUGACACUGCGUGUCUGAUUGACAGGAACAACAGGUGAGGCCAUUAGUCUGAGCAGACAGUCAGAAUGAAUAUGUGCGCUUGAGCAUUUAUGCCUAUAUUAUUUUUUUAUUAAAAACAAUUGUUCGUUCUUUGAAUUAGUUAAUUCUAUUAAUUUAAAUCUUGAUUAUUCAUAUCAUAUUUAAUUAAAAUAUAUUUGGCUCAUCUGAUAUGCGAGCCGGCUCCCAACGUUCACUUACAAGAGCCGGCUCUUGUAGCUUAUAUGUCUCUUAUCACCCCCCAUACAUAACAACAGAACGCAGCACAAGACUGAAGAGAGAACCAAUUUGCUAGUUACAGCAUCAGCUUGCGCUCUGGAAUGUGUGGAGAGUGGAAUGGUAAUUUACCAGCUACACCAGCGUGUCCCUUGAAUGAUAACGAAGAGGUAGGUGAGAAGCCUGACCACGGAGACAGGGGUGAGGAAGGUGAUGAAGCAUACUUCAUGAGCUUUAACUGAAAAACAACUUGCAUUUGGAAGGUUUGAGGUGAGGGAGAAAGUGUGGUGGAACAAGUAUGGUUAGCAGUGUUAAAACCUCUUUGGGCUCGGAUCCCGCUAGCGGGAUGAAAAAUCAACAGCAUCCGGUGAAGCUGGAGCGCGCCAAAUUCAAAUGACAAAAUUGUAAUAUUAAACAUUCAUGAACAUACAAGUGUCUGUGAGGAUUGAAAAUAUGCUUGGCCUAUCAUGAGGGUGUCUGUGUAUGUUAAAAGCAACAUUUUGCAACAUAUGGUGUGACUUGCGGAAAUUCAGGAUACUGCCCCUAACCCUAUGAAGUGUCUUACUCGUUGGAUCGAAGUCUCCGCUAGCUAGCCAGAGAAAUAUUGAACAACAUUAGCCAACUUAACUGAUCAAAUAAUUUAGUUUAUGGUGUGAAAAUGAGCUAGUUAUGAAAGUCAAACAGCUAACGUUAUCGAGCUAACAUUACAACAUCAUGAGCAAAUGUUCGUAGCCUAACCAAUACGCUAUAGCACAUAUGUCAGAGUCAAGGCCCGCGGGCCACAUCCGGCCCGCGAGAAGGUUUUUUACGGCCCCUGGGAUGAUCUUGAUUUAUUAUUAGAACCGGCCCGCAGACCGCAGCAAGCCGGCAGCCCGCAGAUCUUUUACACGCACCAAUACUACAUUUCCCACAAUGCAACGGUGACGCACCGAGCAGUAGGCUGCUUCAUUUCAAUAUUUAUUGGCACAGCAGUUGUCAGCAUCACAGUAAAAUUAACUUUCAGAUACCCAUCAAAAAUGGCAAAACGGAAGGUGGACACUGAGAACCGGGGUUUCAAACAAGGUGGGAGUCGGAGUAUUUGUUCACGGAGGUAGCUGGAAAACCUGUGUGUCUUCUGUGUGGAGAAAGUGUGGCGGUACUGAAAGAGUAUAAUCUGAGACGACAUUAUGAAACGAAACACGCGGACAAAAACAAGAAUAUGGACAUGGAACAAAGGCUACAAAAGGCAGAGGAAUUAAAACGAGGCCUCAAAUCUCGACAGGCUCUGUUCAAAAAAGCCAAAUCACAAGGCCAGGCUGCUGUCAAGGCCAGUUUUAUUUUGGCAGAAGAGAUCGCUAAAUCAGCCCGGCCAUUUACGGAGGGGGAUUUCAUCAAAAACUGCAUGAUUAAAGUUUGUGACGAAGUUUGCCCAGAAAAAAGGCAACUCUUUUUAAAUGUGAGUCUGAGCAGAAACACCAUUGCCGAGAGAGUAGACCAGUUGUCCAUCAAUCUAAAAGAGCAGCUUGUGAAAAAGGGAAAAGAUUUCAUUGCAUAUUCCUUGGCUGUGGAUGAGAGCACCGACAUUUCUGACAUUGCCCAGUUGUCAAUUUUCAUCCGCGGAGUGGACUCCAGCCUAAGCGUGACAGAGGAGUUUUUGGCUUUACGUCCUAUGCAUGGCACAACUACGGGGCAUGAUUUGUAUGAAGAGGUGUCAAGAUGUGUAAAUGAGAUGGAGCUGCCUUGGGAAAAACUCGUGGGUUUGACAACCGACGGAGCACCUGCGAUGUGUGGACACAGGAGCGGACUGGUGGCGAAGAUACGGGAAAAGAUGCAAGAGGAAAACGCGACAGGUGAGCUGACAGCUUAUCAUUGUAUCAUACACCAGGAAGCGUUGUGCGGUAAAGCCUUGAAAAUGGAGCAUGUAAUGAGCAUCAUCACGCGCACAGUUAACUUUAUCAGAGCCAAAGGUUUGAAUCACCGCCAGUUCAAGGCAUUUCUGACGGAGUUAGAAACGGAGCAUGGUGAUUUGCCUUAUCACACAGAGGUGCGAUGGCUAAGCCAGGGAAAGGUGCUUCAAAGAUGUUUCGAGCUUCGUGAGGAGAUUUGUCUGUUCUUGGACAGCAAAGGGAAAGACACAACACAACUCCGAGACGAAAUGUUUCUGUGUGAAAUGGCUUUUCUGUGUGACAUUACGAGUCAUCUGAAUGCAAUGAACUUGCAGCUGCAGGGUCGGGAUCGUGUCAUCUCUGAUAUGUACAGUACAGUGAAGGCAUUUAAAACCAAACUGACUCUGUGGGAGACGCAGAUGCGGAAAGAAAAUUUGAGCCACUUUCCCAGCUGCCAGACCAUGAAAGAGAAGCUCUCUACCAGUGCGUUCCCGAGCGCACAGUUGGCUGAUAAAAUAGGUAUGCUUGCCGCUGACUUUCGACGCCGAUUUGCUGACUUUGAAGCACAAAAAAGCAGGUUGGAACUGCUCGGUAACCCAUUUGCUGUUGACGUGGAAAGCUCACCACCAAACCUCCAAAUGGAGUUGAUUGACCUCCAAUGCAAUGAUGCACUGAGGGCAAAAUAUGCGGCAGUGGGUGCUGCGGAGUUCGCCCGUUUCCUCCCCGACACAAUGCCCCAGCUGCGCAUCCAGGCUGCUCAAACGUUGUCUAUGUUUGGCAGCACAUACCUGUGUGAACAACUGUUUUCUUUGAUGAACUUGAACAAAACAUCACACAGAAGUCGACUUACUGCUGAACACCUCCACUCAAUUCUGAGGAUUUCCUCAGCUCAGAGCCUUACCCCGAACAUUGAUGAACUUGUGGAAAAGAUGGGACACCACCAAGUAUCACCCUCAACCUCAAACAAGUGAACAUUACUGUGCAAUCACAUAUUUAGAGUUUUUACUCAGUUCAAGUUUAAAAGUUAAAGUUUAAUAUUUG